AUGAGUCCUCUGCAGUGGGGCCUUGUGUUUGCCUCCGUGGGCUGUGCAAUUCUCCCCGCAGCCUGGGCGCAGUUCCCCCGGCUCUGUAUGACCUUGGGCAGCUUGGUGAGCAAGGAGUGCUGCCCGCCACUGGGUGUGGAGCCAACCAAUGUCUGUGGCUCUCAGCAGGGUCGGGGGCAGUGCACAGAGGUGCGGGCAGACACCAGACCCUGGAGCGGCCCUUAUGUCCUGAGAAACCAGGACGAUCGAGAGCAGUGGCCCCGAAAGUUCUUCAACCGGACCUGCAAGUGCACAGGAAACUUCGCUGGCUAUAAUUGUGGAGACUGCAAGUUUGGCUGGUCCGGCUCCAACUGCGAGCAGAGGAAGCCGCUGGCUGUGCGCAAGGACAUCCACUCGCUGACGCCCGAGGAGCGGGGACAGUUCCUGGACGCCCUGGACCUGGCCAAGAAGAGCGUGCACCCCGACUACAUGAUCACCACGCAGCACUGGCUGGGCCUGCUGGGGCCCAAUGGCAGCCAGCCCCAGGUGGCCAACUGCAGCAUCUAUGAUUUCUUCGUGUGGCUUCAUUAUUAUUCGGUUAGGGAUACCUUGUUAGGACCAGGACGUCCCUAUAAGGCCAUUGAUUUCUCACACCAAGGUCCUGCCUUUGUUACUUGGCAUCGGUACCAUUUGUUGUGGCUGGAAAGAGAUCUCCAGCGACUCAUUGGUAAUGAGUCCUUUGCUUUGCCCUACUGGAACUUUGCCACAGGGAGUAAUGAAUGUGAUGUAUGCACAGACCAGCUGUUUGGAGCAGCAAGACAAGAUGACCCAACUCUGAUUAGUCAGAGCUCAAGAUUCUCCAGCUGGGAAAUUGUCUGCAACAGCUUGGAUGACUACAACCGCCGGGUCACCCUGUGUAAUGGAACCUAUGAAGGGUUGUUGAGAAGAAAUAGAAUGGGAAGAAAUGGUGAAAAAUUGCCAACCUUAAAAAGCAUUCAAGACUGUUUGUCCCUCCAGAAGUUUGACAAUCCUCCUUUCUUCCAAAACUCUACCUUCAGCUUCAGGAAUGCUCUGGAAGGCUUUGAUAAAGUAGAUGGAACACUGGACUCUCAGGUUAUGAGCCUACACAAUUUGGUCCACUCCUUCCUGAAUGGGACAAAUGCUUCACCACAUUCUGCUGCCAAUGAUCCUGUUUUCGUGGUCCUUCAUUCCUUUACUGAUGCCAUCUUUGAUGAGUGGAUGAAAAGAUACAAUCCCCCUGCAGAUGCCUGGCCUCAGGAGCUGGCACCCAUUGGUCACAAUCGGAUGUAUAACAUGGUUCCUUUCUUUCCUCCGGUAACUAAUGAGGAACUCUUCAAAACAGCAGACCAACUUGGCUACAGUUAUGCCAUUGAUCUGACAGUUGAAGAAACUCCAGGUUGGACCAAAACACUCUUCGUGGUUAUGGGGACGCUGGUGGCUUUAGUUGGUCUUUCUGUUCUGCUAGCUUUAUUUCAAUACAGAAAACUUCGAAGAGAAUACACACCCCUCAUGGAGACAAAUUUAAGCAACAAAAGAUACACAGAGGAAGCCUAGGGUAUUUAGGUCUCAUCCUAGAUCAAAUGUCAGUGAAACUAUACUUUUGGCUUGGAUGGUAAUCAAAGAAAUGCUCAAGGCUCUUUCUUAGUUGGAAAUCUUUGGCUUAGCUUCUGUUAUUGUGUGGUUGAUCCCAAGUAACAAUGCUCAGCUGUAGUUUAUGGUUUACUUGUUUGCUUAACAACCUCAAGCUUAAGUGCUUGGGGCUGUCUCUAUCAUCAAAGUAAGAAAGAACUGAUAUUUUGUUGUAUCUUUUAAAAAUUCACUAUAUUGAUUAAAGCUUUCCCUUUCCUGAAAACACCCCAAAAAUGUGCUGAGUGGAUUCAUUUAAAUUUGUUGGCCAGUGUUGUUUGAGAUCUGGAUGGGAGACUGUGUUUCUCUUUCUUAGUCCAAGUGUUUUUGUUAGUAAUGAUGUGGAGGUGGGAGUGGAUAUUAAUUAGCUUUUCAUUACUAUUCCAAAAUUACCUGAGGCAGGUUAACUUGAUGAAGAACAGAAGAAGUUCAUUUUGGCUUCCUGUCUGUCAGUGCAGGACUACGGUUUGUAUUGAAGACAGUUUUCUUGUUGAUAGAGUCCUGAGGUAGUGCAGAGCACUGCAGGUGACACAUCACAGAGAAACAUGUAUAUAUGUCUGUCUGUUUUCUCUUCCUCUUUUUUAUAAAGUCCACCGGGAUCCAGCCAUCCACCCAGAUGACCUAGUCAUUUCCAAAUACCAUGAUUGGAUCAUAUCUACUGUUAUACAGGAAUCCAAUCAUAAGAAACAGAGAAGCCACAUUUUGAGAGGUCCAAUCUGGAGUUUUUAUUAGAAAGCCAGAAAUUACAGGUAGACUCCUGUCCCAAAGAUCUGCAGCCCAGAAUGCUGUUAGUACAAAGUUUUAAAGGCAAAACCCACCAGGUUGGCAUGGGGAUCAAAGCCCAACAAAAGCAAACCAUCUGGAGGAAUAAUCAUUGGCAAACAUUCUCU